AUGGAAAGUCAGCUGGGAAAUGUGGAAAUAUAUCCACCAUCACCUCCACCGUCACCCAGAAACCACAGAAACGACGACACAAAGAGAGGGAUGUUAUUCGACGUUCCCUGGAUCAUAAUCCUCAUCCAGUUCAUCGUGAUUCUUGCUCUAGUCCUUGGUCUGUUUGCAUUCUUCCUUACUCGUUCAGAGUCUCCAACUCCAUCUGUAUAUUCUACGAGAACUUAUCAAAACUUCGAAUUACUAACCAUAUCUCCGAGCAGCUCACCUCUUACAUUCAGAAGACGCUACAAAUCUUCCACAGAAUCACCCUCUACCAUUGAUUUUGACUUCUCAGAAGACAUAAGUCCAACAAUUGCUCCGGUGCCAAUAAUACCAAUAGAAAUUGUUACAAGCACAACUAAAUCUCAUAAAAGCACAAUACUGGAAUCGGAAUCUGCUCACAGUAUGGAAAUAUUUGAAAACGAUGAAAACCUUCGAGCUGCUGUAUUCACUUCUUCGCAAGCAUGCUCAGAAAUUGGAAAGUCAAUUUUAGUUCGAGGAGGGAACGCAGUUGAUGCUGCCAUCGCAUCUUGUUUUUGUCUAAUGGGAUCUAUGCCGAAUAAAGCCAGUUUAGCAGGAGGAAUGAUGAUGACAGUGAAAAAGAAAAACGGAAAUGUUACAACCAUCAUUGCAAGAGAAAGUGCUCCAAUGAACAUCAACAUAGAAGAGAUCAAAAAAAAUCCAGAACUAACUCAUGUUGGUCCAAAAGCUUCCGGAACUCCUGGUGUCCUCAACGGACUUUUCCGUGCUUUUCAGAAGUUUUCCUCAAAUAGAGUUCAAUGGAAACACCUUGUUCUCCCCACUGUUCAGCAAUGCAAUAAAGGAUUCGAUCUCAAUGAAGAUCUGAAAAACAGAUCAAACGCACCUGCUCUCGCUUCAUUUUUCAAAGCAAAUAUGAGGAAUAACAAGAUGUUUUGCACUGGUCUGGCCAGUAUACUAACUGAAAUCUCUGAAUAUGAGAACCCGUUGGACUCGUUUUAUAGAGGAGAAAUGGCACAGAAAUUGGUGAAAGAAUUGGGAGGAUAUUUGACAGUUUCGGAUUUGGAAGACUAUGAAAGUGACAUGAAUUCAGCGAUUUGUACGGAUAUUGAUGUGGAUACGAAGGUCUGUGGACCAGGACCACCAUCGUCAUUUGCAGUUCUUGCUAAUUCGUACCUUGCAACAAAAAAUAUGUCAAAUUUAUCGAAAGUCAAUGAUGUGGUCAAAUCGAGCCUAGGACUAACGAGCAAGAUUGCUGAUCCAAUGUUUGUGAAAAGCAGUAAAAAGUAUGCAGAAGAGUUGUCAAAAACUUCGAAACGAACGAGUGCAGAGAACAAAGACUUGAAUAUCAAUUUCAAAGAGAACGGAUCCACUGAAAUACUGGUUAUUGAUGAGGAUAAUAUGACAGUCAGUGUCACGUUGUCACUUGGAGAUGAUUUCGGAAGUUUGAUCUACUCUUCGUCUGGAUUCUUCUGGAAUAACAAAAUGAGAUAUUUCGAUUUAAAGAAUGAUAAUGUUCCUCUGUCAGUUCAACCUGGAAAAGUUCCAACUUCAUUGAUUUCUCCGAUUAUUGUGGUGAAAAAUAAUUCAGCGCUUGCUGUCAGUGGUGGUUCUGAUCUACUUGGUCUUGUCCAUCUUCUUCGAGACAUAACACAUCGAAACUACGACGCUUCAAAAGUUGCUCCGUCUCUUUUCGUGCAAAAUUCUGCAAUUUCCCUCAAAUCUCCAUCUUCCAACAAAUAUUCAAUUACGGGCUAUUGA